UUCUUCACUGUCAAUUGCUGCGCACGUAUCUGCUCCUUCCCUUUAUCAUCGUAUAAUGUCAGAAGAGGCUUCUUCUUCUCAAGCGGUCAUCAGAGUAGGCGUAGUGGGAGCAGGUGAAGUUGCCCAGACCGUACAUCUGCCAACCCUCGCCCUCAUUCCUUACCUUUUUAAAGUGGUGGCACUCUGUGAUGUUUCCAAAAAGCUGCUUGACCAUUGUGGUAAGAAGUUCCAUCUUCCGGAGGAUGCGCUUUACCUCGAUACUGUCCCGUUACUGGCAAGGCAGGACAUCGACCUUGUAUUGAUCCUGACUUCGGAUGAAUACCACGCAAAUGUUGCAGUGCAGGCUGCCGAUGCCGGAAAGCAUGUCUUCAUCGAGAAACCAAUGGCACUGACACUCGAAAGCGCAAGGUCAAUCGCAGAAGCUCAGAUACGCAAUAAGGUAAUUGUCUGGAUUGGAUACAUGCGCCGUUACGCACCCGCCUUUGAAGAGGCUGUCAAGGUUGUCCGUUCGAUGAAGUCCAUCGAAUACGCGAGGAUCCGUGAUAUCAUUGGCCAUAAUUCCAUGUUCAUCGAACAAAGUGGCUCUUUCCCCGUCCGCUUCGCUGAUGUAUCUCCGUCCGCCGUCAAGGAGCUCUCUGAUCUUGGUCGCGCCUCGGCUGAAGCUACUCUAGGUUUCGCCCGUGCGUCCGAUCCAAAUAUCGUGAGUACCUGGCGCCAGCUGGGCAGCCUCGGAUCGCAUGAUCUUUCGGCGAUGCGAGAGUUGUUGGGGCCACCUAAGCGUGUGUUAGGGGCUGGUAGUCACGGCACCUGGAUCACGUCUCUGUUCGACUAUGGAGAGUUCGUGGCUACGUACGAGACUGGCGUUGACACAGUUGGUAGUUUCGAUGCGCAUCUUGAAGUGUAUGGAGACGGAAAGCGCGUCCGAGUCGAUUAUGACAGUCCGUACGUCAAGGGCCUACCGAUCACGCUCACGAUAGCGGAGAACGAUGCUUCCGGCCAUUACGUUGAGCGAGUGAUACGCCCGACAUACGAAGAUUGCUACACUAUCCAGUUCAAGGCUCUUCACGCUGCAAUCACGGUUGAUGGGCCGGUCAAAUGUAAUCCAGAAGACGCUGUACAGGAGCUGAGAACUAUUGGCAUGGUCAUCGACGCCCUUUUCCCUACUACUUCCUGAGGUUUCCUGUAUGCCACCCAUAAAUGUUACCGGAAUUCUACUUAGACUGUAAGGAAGCGGCCACUGUAGAAUUUCUGCUCAACCCAAAGGUCUGUCACUCAGGCCGUUUGAACUACCAGCGUAAAUCCAAUUUGUGAUCCC